CUUUUAACAAUACCUUGGCGGCGGCGCCUGCACGCGCGUACGUCAGUUUCGCCAACUCUUGCGCCGCGGCGCUACGUAUCGCUCUUUCGGAUAUAUAUUUUUUUCACAUUACGAACCGCAGUGGUGCCGGUUCCAGUAUCAAACAAGUUUUCGCGUAUCACCUUGGACCUUUCCCCGAUGGAUAUUUUCGGAAAACUGUUGUGAUAUUCUCAAAAUUUAUGUUAUCAUUUUUUUUAUGAAAUCUAUCAAAAGUUCAGAAACCCGGUGAAGAUUUGAAAAUAUUUUCCUGGUUGUUUAAUUUAGCAGUUAAUAUUGGAUGUUACGCUCGCUCGAACGAAAUGCCUCGGUGGGUUUGCCACAGUUAGUGAGUGGUGCCAUGGGCCGACAUGCCGUGCCCGCCCGCCAAAGACUAGCCUACGUGGCGACGCAGGUCCUCGUGAUCAGAUAUUAAGAUGCGGCGGCAAGCUCGGAUAAAAGCCGGCGGCGCGCUCGUCGUGCGCUCCGCCUCUGCCCUGCAAGUAUGGCUGUGGUUGCUGAUCUUCAUAUUUCAAAAUGAAUUUCGAAUAUCACGGUGUAUAAAACCAGGAUACUUGGACUUCGACAAUCUACCAGAAACCAAUUUCACGUGUGCAGGGAAAGUAAUAGGAGGUUAUUACGCCGACCUGGAGACCUCUUGCCAGAUGUUCCAUGUGUGCACUGUCGGUCAACAGGAUGAACCUAUGGAUAUCAAGUUCCUGUGCUUAAAUGGCACUGUCUUUGAUCAGGAGACAAGAGUGUGUGAAAGAGUAGAUGAAGUAGAUUGUACAAAGUCUGAAAAGUUUUACAGUUUAAAUUUAGAAUUAUAUGGGAGUACUGCCCCACCAAUAAUAGAGCCUGAGCAAGAUAAACCUCAAGCCGACUCAACAGAACAAACACAACAGCACACUAAACCUGGUAAUGGACAAGGCAUAGAUCCGACAACAGGCAUUUCACCUACCACUGUAACUGAUAGAGUACCGGGGCAUUCAACAGAAGUUGCAGAUUCUACCGAAGAUCCAAUCCAGGAGAUUAAAAAAGACGAUCAAAAACAACAAUCAACUGCUCAGUCCAACCCAGCAGCUCCACCAUUAAUAGAACAUGAUGAACUAACGGAAGAAUAUCAAGAAGAUGACGAAAAUGCUGAGUACGAAGAUGAGUAUGUUAACUCUCAGUCCACAACUACGACCGCAGCCCCCACAACAACCACAGUACCAGCAACAACCACAAUAAAGCAGUCACCAACUACAACACUGCCACCUGCAACAAUUUCACUACGGCCCUCGUCGUCGCCACAUUUAUUAUCAUCACCAUCCCCAGCUCUCUCAUCACUGUCUUCACCAGCAUAUUCUUCAUUAUCGCCUUCAGCAGCGCCUAUGCCCACUUUAGAUCCGGCAUUGCUUACACCACAAGAAUUUAUCUACCGCCACCAGGGUACAGGAUCAGAAGCAAUAUCCUUUCAAAGGCAUAGUUACCGUCCUGCAGAUGGAGUAUACAUAACUCAUGCACCACCUCAGCAGUUUGAUCACUUCCAAUAUGAAUCUUCAAGAACAGCACCACGACCUGUUGUUUCUCGACCCGCACCAUUUUCACAGAGACCUCAACCUUCACCAUUUAGACCAACGACAUCAGAUCCGAGAGAUCAACUUCUAAAACCAGGUCCUACGUUUCAACCAUCUGAAAGACAUGAAACGGCAGUAAAACAUAAUCCACAAACGUACCUAAAGGCUUUGCCAGCUCAAAGGCCGUUACCCUUCAAUCCCUUCUAUUAUGAUCGUAAACGAAGUGAUGAUGCAGCGUCGGAAGAAAAAUCCUCUCUUUCAGCACGAUCAGUGUCGCCACCUAUAGUUACUGAACGACCUACAAACAAACCAAAAAGUCCACCUCGCGUUAUAGUGACCGCUAGUGCCUCAGUGAGUGAUAGUAAUGGAAAAAGACUAAACUAUACCGUCGGUAAUGUUGUGAGUGCGGUGAAACCCAUAGUACCGAUAAACUAUGAUGAUUACAAAGAAUCUGAUUUAAUAUUCGAUCCAUUCUUUCUCGAUGUGCCAAAACUUCAAAGUCGACGUAAAACUAGAUCAAAUAAAUAUAGACAAAUUUUUACUGCUCCUUCCACUAUAACAGUGUCAUCUGAUACAACUUUGGAAAAUUCUGUGACUACAACAUCACCGGUAACAUCAAGAGCUACUACAACCGAAAAAUCGACAAGAACUCCAUCAACGAAACCUACAACGACAGCUUGGAAUCCAAACGACUAUGUGGACGAUAAUUAUGAACCUCAUGCUUAUGUUCCUCCGAUUCCACCGCUUGCUAUUUUAAUUUCUAAUGAUAGGAAUAAGCAGAGGGAAAAAGAAAGACAUUCAAUUAACAAAUUGUUCGGGAAUAAAGCACGUCAGGACGACAAGUCCGAGGUUGGUCGUACGGAGCAGCAGUAUAGGCCGACGUCGUCUGCUACGCAGACAAGCUCUAGUCAUAGUGCGGGCACGGAGGCUACCCCGCCGCCCCCGCCGCCGCCGUCGCCUCUCGAGGCCCCCGCCUGCGCCAGCUCGCGCUCAGUUGAUUGUCGGACUCGCACCUAGCUCACUUUAAUCGUAGUAUCAUAAAUAGAUAGGUAGUGAAUUAUAACAAUUGCUGAAGAUAUUAAUAUAGAUAUUUUUGUAAAUAAACUUUCCAUCCGUCUCAAGUCUGACCACAGAGUCCAUGAUUGAAAAAUGCAUGAGUGCAAAUCUCUCCUUUUUAUGUAUUUUGAUUGAUAAAUGAAUGUGUGUACUUCUAUUGCAUCCCUUCGGGUUCUUUUUGAAGCAUUGUCAUUUAAAAUAAGUACACUUGAUGGUUUGUACGGUAAAUUAAUCUUUUUUGUAAUAUUUAAAUUUCAAUUUAAGGCAAUACUGUAAAUAUAUUUUGUUAAAAAAUCUACCAUUUUGCUUAAGUGGUCGUACGCGAUAUUUAUAGACAAAGUUUUGUAAAUAUCAUCUAUUACAAUACC